AUGUCUCUGGCUGCAGACAGUACAUCCAGUAACUACCUACCUUCUCAAGCCAAUUGCCGCAUUUGUGCGGGUUCACUUCGAGACUUUGAUAUCUUGACAGGCAGGCUAUGUUACCUUACCUGCCUGCCGGGGAUCCUGCGCAAGGGUUCUGCAAUCUUGUGCCAUUAUUUCGGGGCUCUUUUUACUAGGUUGGAAACCAAGGUACUCAAUUCUGCUUUUGACGUGGUCCACAACUUUGAAGAGAUCUGCAAUAUCGAUAGGUUCAGUACCCUGGCAAGCGACAUUUGCCAAGCGAAUUCGCUUCAUGAUAAUCUCUUGCCUCUCUGUGAAGCUGUCAGAACAGAUACGGAGGUAUUAUCGACGCACAGACAUACAACCCCGAGCCCAAAUCCAAUCAAGGAACACUACUCAGCAAAUAUAUGUCGCCAAAUUGAGAACUGA